CACAAACAACAGGAAAAUUGGGAUUUGUUUUAGUCUGAAAAGAAAAAUAUAAGACUUUUUCAAAAUGGAAACUUUGCUGGGUAUCAAGGGUCGUGAUUUUGUCAUGCUAGCUGCAGACACAACCCACGCCCGCUCAAUUGUUGUUAUGAAGCACGAUCAGAACAAGAUCCAUCAGGUCUCGGACAACCUAAUGAUUUCUACUAUGGGCGAGUCAGGUGAUACCGAGCAAUUCACAGAGUUCAUUUCGAAGAACAUUGCCCUCUAUAAAAUGCGGAAUGGCUAUGAUCUGAGCCCACGUUCGGCCGCACAUUUUACGCGCAAGAAUUUGGCCGAAUAUUUGCGAAGUCGUACUCCAUACCAAGUGUUCAUGUUUGUUGCUGGCUAUGAUGCGCAAGAGGGCCCCGAGUUGGUCUUUAUUGACUAUCUGGCCAAUGCAAAGGCCUUGAAUCAUGGCGGUCAUGGCUACGGAAGCAUGUUCACAGCCAGUAUUUUUGAUCGCUACUGGCACCCGAACAUUACCCAGGACGAGGCCUACGAAGUACUGAAGAAGUGCGUACAGGAAAUACAGAAGCGUCUUAUUGUUAAUCUGAAUAACUUUAAUGUCAUGGUUGUCGAUCCGAAUGGAGUGAAAAAAUUGGACACUAUUAUGGCCAGCAGCUUGGCCGCUUAGUUAGAUUUCUAACGCAGUAACAGCAUUGUAAAUGCCUUUUUUUAGUUUACAUACAUACAUAUAAAUAAACCGGCUAUCGCUUUCCCGGAUUUUUGGUACGAAA